AUGCCUCGUAGCUUCCAAAUUAGAGCAACUUCGGUUACCAUAUUUGCUCAUUUGUUAUUCAUAGCAAUAACAACACUUAUGUUAGUUUGGUUGUUACACUUCCGUGGAGGCGUUGCUUUCAAUUCCUCCAACAAAAUUAAGAUUUUCAAUCUCCAUCCACUUCUAAUGGUAAUUGGGUUUAUCUUGGUAGGUGGAGAAGCUAUCAUAACAUACAAGUCCAUCCCUGGAAAAAGAAGCUCAGCAAAGGUGGUUCACCUUUUAUUGCAUGUAAUAGCUCUAGCAUCAGGAAUUUUAGGAAUUAUUGCAGUUUUCAAAUCUAAAAAAGAGGCAGAUCUUCCUAAUAUGUUUACGUUACACUCUUGGUUAGGCAUAGCAGCAAUCUCUGCAUAUGGUUUGCAGUAUAUAGUGGCCUUCUUUGCUUACUUCUUCCCAGGAGCAGAAUCUUCUGCAAAAGCUACAUUUUUACCAUGGCACAAGUUCAUAGGAAUGGUAAUAUUCUUCCUUGCAGUUGGCACAGCAGAGACGGGUUUGGUUGAAUAUUCUCGAUUUUUAGAUCUCUUCAGAAACCAAGAGUCACUAAUAGUCAAUUUCACUGGUCUCUUGCUGUUUUUGUUUGCUGUCUUUGUUAGCCUCUCUGUCAUUCUUCCAAGAAAUUACUGA